AUGGAUGGUAGAGUGGCUGGGAAGAGGGCUAAACUUGAAUUUAUUCAGAUUUACAACCUUGCUCAUGUUGAUCAAAGGAGAUUGGACAAGGAGAAGAAGAUUCAGGCAGAAUUAGUAACCUUAGAAACUGCUGAAUCAGAAUUCUAUAGGCAAAAAGCUAAGAAUCUUAUUGGCACUACUGACCCAAUGGUUAAGGGAUGUUCUGUUGAGUGGCUGAAGCCUUUUCUGAGCUACUCUUUACCUGCUGGAGCUGGUGAUUUCCUUGCAAGCCCAGGACCUGAUGGGUAUACUUCCUGGUUCUUCAAGGCUGCUUGGGAGAUUGUAAGCAAAGACUUUCUGGAUGCUAUAAGGUAUUUCUUUCAAAUAUCUUCCCUACUGCCUGCCUUUAAUGCCACUACCAUUGUCUUGGUGCCUAAAUCUUUGAAUGCAUCAUUUGUCAAAGGCAUAAAUAUUGCUGAUAAUACCUUGCUUGCUCAGGAGAUUGUUAGGGGAUACUCUAGAAAGAACUUUUCUCCUAGAUGUACCAUAACAAUUGAUUUGCAAAAGGCUUUUAAUUCAAUUUGCUGGGAUUUUCUCUUGACAGUUCUUGAAGCUUUGAGAUUGCUUGGAGUGUUUUGUGGCUGGAUUAGGGCAUGUGUAAUUACCCCUAGGUACUCAAUUUCUUUAAAAGGUAGAUUGGUAGGGUAUUUUAAGGGUGCAAGAGGGGUUAGACAAGGGGGCUCAUUAUCUCCUUAUCUCUUUGUUAUUGUGAUGAAUGUUCUCCCUUCUUUGAUGGAUGUUGUUGCCAAGAAUGGUGUAUUUAGAUUUCAUCCUAAAUGUAAAAGAAUUACCCUUACACACCUUUGCUUUGCUGAUGACCUACUUAUGUUUUGUCAUGGGUCAUUGGAUGCUAUGAUGGGGGUUGUAAGUACCUUAGACAAAUUUUAUGAACUUUCUGGUCUAAGGCUGAAUUGUAUGAAGACUGAGCUCUUUGCUUGUGUUGUUCCUGCGGAUAAAUUAGAACAAAUCCUAAGAGCUAUUGGAUUUAGAGUUGGUCAUCUCCCUGUUAGGAACCUUGGAGUGCCCUUGGUUACUCGCAAGCUUACAAGUAAGGAUUGCUCGGCUUUACUUGUGAAAAUUAAGGACAUGAUUGAUAAAUGGUCCAGUAGAAAACUGAUUUUUGGGGGGAGGUUACAACUUGUGAAGUCUGUUUUGUUUAGCAUUUUUGGUUACUGGAGUAGGCAGCUUAUCUUGCCCAAGGGUGUUAUAAGAGACAUUGAAAAGCUCUCUGAUUGGAGUAAAGAUUGUUGCCUUAUGCUUGUCAAAAACAUUCUUGUUGGGGAUGGUUCCUUGUGGAUUGCUUGGAUUAAGGACUAUUGCUUUAAAUUUGUGGACUACUGGAAUGUUGACAUUGCUUGGAUGGUGAUACUUGACAGAUUGCCAACAAAAGACAGAUUAACCUGUUUUGGUAUAGUGACUGAUAAUGUGUGUGGGUUGUGUGGUGAUAGACAGGAAUCUCGAAACCACCUUUUCUUGGAAUACUCCUAUAUGAGGGAGAUAUGGUGUACUGUUAUGCAUGCUUGUGGGGUACAACAACAGGAGCUUAAUUGUUGGGAUGAUGCUCUUUGUUGGAUGAUCUCGAAUUUGAAGGGUUUCUUCCAUUGGUUUUAUUCUUGGUCUAUGGUUCUUCGGGAUUUCAUGGUUGGUUGUUUUUUCGAUGCAUGA